AUGCCCCCCCCGCCCGCUUCGGCGGACAACGCGGCGCUGGGCAUUGUGGGCCCCGAGUUCAAGGACAAGCUGCUCUCCGCUGAGAGGGCGGUCACUGGCUACCGGGACCCCUAUUCUGGAAAGCUCAUCUCCCUCUUCCAGGCCAUGAAGAAGGGUUUGAUCCUGAAGGACCAUGGCAUCCGCCUGCUGGAGGCUCAGAUCGCCACAGGAGGCAUCAUUGACCCUGAGGAGAGCCACCGCCUGCCUGUGGAGAUGGCCUACAAGAGGGGUCUCUUUGAUGAGGAGAUGAACGAGAUCCUUCUGGAUCCCAGCGAUGACACCAAGGGCUUCUUCGACCCCAACACAGAGGAGAACCUCACCUACCUGCAGCUGAUGGAGCGGUGCAUCACCGACCCAGAGACGGGGCUGUGCCUCCUGCCCCUGAAGGAGAAGAAGCGAGAGAGGAAGACCUCCUCCAAGUCCUCGGUCCGCAAGCGCAGGGUGGUGAUUGUGGACCCGGAGACAGGCAAGGAGAUGUCUGUCUAUGAAGCCUACCACAAGGGCCUCAUCGACCACCAGACCUACCUGGAGCUGUCAGAGCAGGAGUGCGAGUGGGAGGAGAUCACCACCUCCUCCUCAGAUGGUGUGGUGAAGUCCAUGAUCAUCGACCGGCGCUCAGGGCGACAGUAUGAUAUCGAUGACGCCAUCAGCAAGGGCCUGAUUGACCAGUCGGCCCUGGACCAGUACCGCUCUGGCACCCUCUCCAUCACCGAGUUUGCUGACAUGCUCUCUGGCAACAUGGGCGGCUUCCGCUCGCGCUCCUCCUCGGUGGGAUCCUCCUCCUCCUACACCGUAAGCCCAGCCCCCACCCGGAUGCAGAUCUCCAUGUGGAGUGACCCAACCGAGGAGACGGGGCCAGUGGCAGGCAUCCUGGACACGGACACUCUGGAGAAGGUAUCCAUCACAGAGGCGAUGCGCCGCAACCUGGUGGACAACAUCACGGGCCAGAGGCUGCUGGAAGCCCAGGCCUGUACCGGCGGCAUCAUUGACCCCAACACUGGCGACAAGUGCUCUGUCGCCGAUGCUGUCAACAAGGGCCUGGUGGACAAAAUCAUGGUGGACCGCAUCAACCUGGCGCAGAAGGCCUUCUACGGCUUCGAGGACCCGCGCACCAAGACCAAGAUGUCAGCGGCGCAGGCGCUGAAGAAGGGCUGGCUGUACUACGAGGCUGGGCAGCGGUUCCUGGAGGUGCAGUACCUGACCGGGGGCCUGAUCGAGCCCGACACCACCGGCCGCGUCUCCCUGGAUGAGGCGCUGCAGAAGGGCACCAUCGACACCCGCACGGCCCAGAAACUGCGCGACGUCAACACCUACUCCAAGUACCUCACCUGCCCCAAAACCAAGCUCAAGAUCUCCUACAAGGAUGCCAUGGACCGGAGCAUGAUUGAGGACGGGACAGGCCUGCGGCUGCUGGAGGCCUCCUCCCAGUCCAGCAAGGGCUACUACAGCCCCUACAACGUCAGCGGCGCCGGCUCCACCUCUGGCUCCCGCUCCGGCUCCCGCACCGGCUCCCGCUCCAGCUCCAGGCGUGGCAGCUUUGAUGCCACCAGCUCCGGCUUCUCCAUGACCUUCUCUUCCUCCUCCUACUCCUCCAGCUUUGGGCGCAGAUACACCACGGGUCCUGGUGUUGCCACCACAGCUGCUGGGAGCUGUGGGCAGGAGGUGGGCGGGGGGCUCGGGAGGCUGCCCGGCCCCUGGCUCUGUGUGGCCUGAGCCCCGCCAGCCCCUUCCCGAGGAUCCCACUGCGACCGCUCCGCAUGUGGCCACGAUGCUGCCUCCCAGUCCCUGCUCCUGGUUCACCUCCACCCUUCCCCCAAAGCAGUGCCUCAAGUUUAACCAAAAAGACUGACUAAUAUAUUAAUAUAUGCGAUUGUUCUGAUAGUAUUUGUAUAUUAAGAGAAAUAACCACACUACGGCCGCCGGGAGCUGCCGCUGAUCCUGCCGAGGAUCCCGUCCGGCUGCUCCCACACCAACACCGCCAGGCAGGGCCGGAAAACAGGGAAACAGUUUUGCCAGUUCCACCCAAACCACUCAGCCGCUUGUUGUAAUCAACCCCCCCAGCUUCAUCCCCCAUGCCCUGAAGGAGGAGACGCCCGCGUCCCCGCAGCGCCUGCAGCCUGCGUGCCGGAGGAGGACACUGCCGGCCCCUCAGCGCCAGACACAUCCCGGAGCUGCUUCCCGGAUCCCUUCCACCUGCCCCUGGCUGCCCGGCCCGGCCACCCAGCAUGUCCCCACUGCUGUGCCACCGGUGCCACCACCACCUCUUGUUCCAGUCCCACCACUCCGGUCCCCAUCCCCAUGCCACUGGGCCAGCUCCUCACCUGGGUCUCCGGUGUCACCAAGUCCUGGAUGAGCCCAAGGGGAGCCUCGGACGUGGCAGCUCCUCGACCGUGCUCACCGGUGCAGUGUGGCUGGAUGUCCAUCAUCCCACCUCCCCUCAUCGCCGCCACCGGGCCUGGCCCCCCACCCUGCCGCCGCGACCGCACUUGAGGACACAGGGACACAGGGACACGCUCCCUCUCCCUUGCCACUUGCCAGAGUCCCUGAGCAGGGGGGGCUGCCUCGUGGUAUUGCAGCCCCUUCAGCCACCAGCACCAGGGGACUCUGGCCCUCCUGCAGCCCCUGGUUCCCCCUGGCCAGGGGCUGAAGCAAUAAGUGACGCGGCGGCUGCAUUUGUCAGCACGGCUGACCCCUUGCCCCGUGCUGGGGUGACAGGGGUGCCCCUUCCUCCUCCUCCUCCUCCCUGGGAACAGCGCCCGGCACAGUGCCAUGAUGGCCACAGCACCUCUCCUCCUUCCCGCUGCUCAUUGCCUACCCGUGAGGCCAGUCUCGUUACUGCUCUGCGUCCCUUGUUACUGCUCUCCUCAUUAUCCAGCUCUGCUUUUGCAUGACGUGCCAGCGCGGCGCGGAGCCCCAUCAUGUCCCACCCGGGCAGCCGGGGCUGAUCCAUAACCCAAACACAUCUCUUGGUUGUUGGUUUUUUGUUUUGUUUUGUUUUGGGGGAGCAAAACACUAAAUCCUGCCUUGUACAUACCCCGGGGUGUUUGUAAAAGACGCAGUCUGGGCCCAGGGCUCUCCCAGCCAGGUCAGUAAAAGAUCCUAAAACCA